AUGUUCGACUCACCGCCACCAUCCCGGGCUGCGUCAGCCAGCAGGCCACCUGCAGUGCAGCCUGCUAACCCGACGACAUCAGCGGGCGUGAAGGAGGAGCGGACAGAACCGGUGGAUAUGAGUUUGGCGACCAUAAGUGUAUCUUCAAAAUUACCGGAUUUUUGGGUUGAUAUGCCGCGGCUAUGGUUCGCCCAAUUUGAAGCGGUAAUGGCCCCUCAGAAGCAGGGAGAGGAAUCCAAAUUUAAUUUGGUGAUUUCGAAAUUGGGACGAGACUCCAUUCAGCAGGUGAGCGACUUACUGAUGACACCACCGACCUCAAAUAAGUAUACGGUCUUGAAAGAAAGAUUGCUGCAAGUGUAUGAAGAAAGCGCAGAACGCCAAGUCCAGAAGUUGGUCUCGGAGCUAGAGUUAGGCGCGCAAAAGCCGACGCAACUGCUGCGCAGGAUGAAGGAUCUAGGCCGUACAACACAGGUUUCCGAUCAAACCCUAAAAAGUCUGUGGCUAUCAAGGAUGCCGGCCGCAGUCAGAGCAGUCAUCACAGUGUGCCAAGAUCAGUCGUUAGAUAGUUUGGCCAAUAUCGCUGACAAAGUAGUUGAAAACAGCGGAAAUUUCGAGAUCGCAGCAGUGUCGGAUACACCAGCACAGACGAACGCGUCGAACACGUUGUCAGAGUUGGCCAGUCAGGUGAAUAAGCUGGUGCUGGAAGUGGCAGCGCUGCGCAGUGAGGUGCAAGGUCGCGGGCGUUCGAGAAGCCGAAACGGAGGACAAGAUGGAAGCAGGGCUAGUUCGCGUAGGAGGAGGACACCGGGAGAUCCUGAUUGGCUGUGCAGAUUCCAUUACCGGUACAGACGGAACGCGAGAAGCUGUGAGCAACCGUGCGCCUGGCGAGAGGAAAAUGCGGAAAACUGA